GGCGGAAGGCUUGCGGAACAAUUUCUCCAUCUUUUUGUUCGCUGCGCUACGAUUUGCAAUUUAUAUAAAUAGCCAAUCAAUGAUUCGGAGGUCAGUUACCGGUAGACUUCCUCUCCUUAACCACCUAUCAAAACAAACACCGACACGGGAUACCAGCAAACAUGAGGGCGCUGUUGGUGUUUGGAGUGCUGUGCCUGGCGGCCGCCUGCAUGGCGGACUUCUCGCAGGACAUGGCAGUGGCCGAGAGCAAGGGCCACCACCACGAGCACGGCGGCGGCCACGAGCACCACGGCCACCACCACCACCACCACGGCGGGCAUGGACACAAGGGCCACAAGGGCCAUCACCACCACCACAAGGGCCACGAAGGCCACCACGGCAAGCACCACCAUGAGGAUCACCACCACGAGCACGGCGGCGGCCACAAGAAGCACUGGGACGAGCACGACCACCACGGUGAGCACCACGAGCACGGCCACCACCACAAGGGCGGCAAACACGGCCACCACGAGCACCACGACAAGGGAGAGCACGUCGACGGGUACCACAAGAAACACCACAAGGAUCACUUCCACAAGGACCACCACUUCCACGAUGGGCACCACAAGGAGGGCAAGCACCACAAGCACCACCACCACCACGGCCACCACGAUACCCACGGGGGACACCACAAGAAGGGCGGUCACCAUCACUCCGGCCACCACGAGGGCCACCACGGCAAGCACGGCCACCAUGACAAGCACCACUACGACGAGGACCACCACGGCCACAAGGGCCACCACGGCCACGAUGAGCACCAUCACCACCACCACGACCACGGCAAGAAGGGCGGCCACGAGGACCACAAGCACUGGGGCCACCAUCACGGCAAGCAUUGAUUAUAGCAGUGCUACUGUUACAGCGGCGUUCGAAGAAACGCACACACCAAAAAUUAAUUUGUUAUUGUUGAUGUUUUUUUAUUUUUAUACGAACAAAAUAAAUGAAAUAAUUAUCUGAUA